AUGGCACCAUUUGAAGCAUUGUAUGGUAAAGCAUGUAGGACCCCAAUAUGUUGGGACGAAGUUGGUGAAAGAAGUAUAAUGGGUCCAGAGUUACUCGAACAGUCGGUCGAGGCGGUGAAGGUCGUCAAGGAAAGGUUGAAAACAGCCCGGAGUCGUCGGAAAAGCUAUGCGGAUAAGCGACGGAGGCCUUUGGAAUUUCAAGAAGAGGAUCACGUAUUCCUCAAGGUGUCGCCGAUGCGACGACUAUCUCGAUUUGGGAAGAAAGGAAAGCUAAGCCCAAGGUACGUAGGCCCUUUCGAGAUAUUGGAACGAAUUGGGACUCUAGCAUAUAGACUUGCCUUGCUACCAAGUCUGUCGCAGGUUCACAACGUAUUUCACGUGUCAAUGUUGAGGAAGUAUGAACCAGAUCCGACCCAUGUAUUGGACCACAAGGUCGUUGAAGUGGAUGACAGAGUGUCGUACGUAGAAAGGUCGAUAAGGAUUGAAGACAAGAAAGAGCAGGUGCUUAGGAACAAGACAAUUCCACUAGUUAAAGUGAUGCGGGAACACCAUGGGGUUGAAGGAGCCACUUGGGAAAGCGAGGAAGCGAUGAGACGCCAACACCCCCAUUUGUUUGAAUAG